GUGGACAUAUCUCGAACCCUCAUGUAAAAGAGGUGUGGUUACCGGUUGUGGCCACGCCUUCGUGUAGACAAAUUAGGAGCUACAAAUGUGCUCGCAGGUUAGCAUAGCAUAGGCGAAAAUACCGAAUUGACAGCUGGGAGAAACAGGAGUUCGCUUCACCGGACACGACUUAGUUGACCACCUCAUGGCUAAAGUAAACGGCGGGGCGUCUGGCUGUAGGGCUAUUGUAAUGGCCGGCCAGUUUUUGUCGAAACCGGCGCCGCCUCUCGUUCAGCCGCAGCAGAACACGGGUCAGCGGAAACUCGCCAAAAUUCAGCGGCGCAUGCUGUCAGUCAGCUCCGCCGUCUCUGCUAACAAGACUCCCGUUCAGACGCAGCUGGACGCGGCCGGCUUCAUCCCGCUCUCGGAGCGCGGUGUGUGGUCGAACCGCACGCUGGUCUACCGGGACGUUAAAGCGUUUCUCAAUGAAGUCGGCGGGGAUCCGCGGGAAGCUCGCUACUGGCUGACGCAAUUUCAGAGAGCUAGUGUGUGUAAAGCGCCUGCUUUCGCCGUACUGGAGAUCGACCCAUCAGUGUUCAAGAGCUGUGAGAUGGUGCAGAGCCUGGCGUUCGGCUUGUCCUUCCUGCAGCGCAUGGAUAUGAAGACCGUGGUGGUAAUGGGGCUUCCUCCUGAGCUGAUGAAAGAAAACUGUGUACCAAAUGGACCUGUUUCCUCUGACUCCAGAACUGUACUGAUUAAAUAUUGCCAAGCUCUUGCUGAGGCCUUGCAGUGUAGCUCGGCUAGCGUCAUUCCUUUCUUCAGUGCAGAGUCAAUGCUGCGACUUCAGGAACCUCAACACUGCAGCAGUGGUGCUGCCUCUAUCGUGGUAGACACAACCAUGCUUCAGUGGAGUCUGGACUGCGGCGCUAUUCCCCUGGUGUGCCCUGUUGGCUGUGAUACAACCGGCUGCUCCACUCUCCUCAAUUCAGUCGACGUCACCGUAGCCAUCUCUCGAGCACUCCAACCCCUCAAAGUCAUGUUCCUGAACAGCUGGGGGGGCCUCUGUAACCAGAACCUAAAGGUGCUGGGUACGGUGUCCCUGCCGAGUGACCUGCCGCUCUUGUCCUCGGCUGAGUGGCUGUGUGUGCAAGAGCGCAGGCAGGUCAACGCUAUCGCUCACCUCCUCAACCAGCUCAGUCCAGAGAGCUCAGCAGUCAUCACUUCAGCUAACACACUGCUCACCGAACUCUUCAGUCAUAAAGGUUCUGGCACCUUGUUCAAAAAUGGAGAUCCCAUUCACAAGUACAGCAGCCUUGAGGGCAUAGACAUGGACCGUCUCCUGUCUCUGAUUGACCAGUCUUUUGGGAAGACACUAAAGGAAGAUUACAUCAGCUCUCUUAAGGACAGACUUCAUUCCAUCUAUCUGUCAGAAGGGUACAGCGCAGCAGCCAUCAUCACCACAGAGCCGGUCAGCAGUGGGAUUCUGUAUUUGGAUAAAUUUGUGGUGAGUGACAGUAAACAGGGGCAGGGCACCAGUCAGAUCCUGUGGGAGUGUAUUCGCCAGGACCUGGACAGGCUUUUCUGGAGAUCCCGUGCGACCAAUCGUAUCAACCCGUGGUACUUCAAGCACUGUGAUGGCAGCUUCGUGGACGGCUGCUGGAUUGUGUUCUGGUUCGGUCUGUCAGAUAUACGUGAGUCAUACGAGCUGGUUGAGUAUGCCAAGCAACUCCCUGACUCGUUCUGCCAAAACUCCGAGAGUGACCCAUCUAUCCAGCAGGUGCCCGCUGGGUCUUAAACACCUCCCACUGCAUUUCACACCCUGGAUUUCAGCAUAGGCAUACCUCUGUGCCUUUCACAUGACCCUGAUGUAUAGCAUUAUUUUUAAAAUUUGGUGUUGCUGAGAGUGGCUUCCUACUUGGGUUUGCUAGUUUUCAUUCUGAUUUGAUUUUAGGUGAAGGUUGUCCAUUCUGGCAGUCCUGCUGUUACACUGGAGGUGUACAAGAUAUUAUACAGGACUUUCACCUGGAAAUACAAAGCAUUAAAAUUCCUCAUAAAAAAUGUUUACAGUAUACUCUCUAGCAGAUUGUGUCAAUCGUACACUGUGGAACUGUUCACCAUUUGUGGAUUACGAAACUUAAGAACUUAUUCUGAUUUUUUUUUAUUAUUAUUAUUUUGAUAUUAAAUGAACAAGGCAACCAGUUAUGACAGACUUAUUGAUGGCUAUUUCUUAAGUUUGACAGUCACUUAAGUCACUAAUUUGUUCAACAACAUUAAAAGUCUGAUUAUCAGGAUGGUCAAUAAUGUAAAUCCCAGAUUACAAAGCAUUAUUGUAAAAUACAGCUGAAUUUAAAAUUUGGGGUAGAGGAAAUGUACUUAAUAGGUGUACAUUACUGUAUUGUGGUGUACCUCAAUCCUAGGGUUUCCUUUUUUUUUUUCCUCAGCAUUUUCCUGAAUUUCCUUCACACAGGAACAUUGGGUUAAAGUGCUGUAUCUUAUUGUGUGUGAGGUUUCACAUGUGAAACUGGAGAUAAUCGAAGACUAUGUACAAGCACCAUGAAGUCAUGAAACAGAAAAAUCAGAUUUGAUUUGGACAUUUUAUCUAGGCCUUAAGGCAUCAUGGAACCAGUACACACAUCCCUGAAGAGCUGGUUUUCUAACAUAUAUAAUUUUCUGUAUUUUUGAUUGUUUUACUUUAAAUAUUUUUAGGGAAUGUUUUGGAGCAAGGCUUAGCACAUUCGCGUGCUAGUGUUAUGAAAUGGUGUGUGUGUGUGUACAAUAAAACAAUAAAAACCUCUUAAGGUUUCAUGUGAAUUCUUUGAUAUGAAAUGAAAUUUGCUUGCAUGCUUAACAGGGUUCCAUGUAUAAACAAAUCAAUAUACUGUUUUUGAUACUGGAACUGUUUAUACUGUUUUUAGUUAUGGAAAUGUGUUUUGAGAAGGAAAACUAUAGUUAUAGGUUGUUUGCUUUGUGUCUUUUGUGUUAGAAAAUCUUUAAGUUGAAAUCUUUGAGUCACUUAACAAGUUCGUCUGGCGCACGCCAAAACUUCAUUCAAAGCACAUAUUGGUGACACGCUGGUGAAAUGGAUGUUCUGCAGUCAAAGAAGACAUGCUGUUACUGAGACAUUUUUAAUCAGUACAUUUAUAUUUAUUCAUUUAGCAGAUGCUUUUAUCCAAAGUGACUUACAAAUGAGGAAAUACAAGCAAAGCGAUAUAUAUCGAGCGGAGAACAAUACAAGUAGUGCUACCAUGCAAGAUCUUAUAAUUGAGUUCUAGAGAAGCAAAGUGCGCAGAAUAGAGGUGUAAGAGCCAGAGAAAGUUUUUUUUUUUUUUUUUUUUAAUUUAAUAAUAAAUAAUGUGGGGUUGGCAUUUUAGGGGUUAGUUAGGUAUUCACGGAAGAGGUGGGUCUUUAGCUGCUUUUUGAAGAUAGUGACAGAUUCUGCGGUCCGGAUUGAGGUUGGAAGUUCAUUCCACCACUGAAGGACAGAUACUGUGAAGUUUCUGGAAAGGGACCUUGACCCACGCUGAGUAGGCACUACUAAACGUUGGUCGUUAAUCGAUCGCAGAUUGCAUGAGAGAACGUAAGCCUUCAGGAGAGAGUUGAGGUAGGGGGGUGCUGUUCCAGACUAGGUCUUGUACAUUAGCAUAAAGGCCUUGAAUUUGACCUGAACCCAGUGGAGGGAGAUGAAGAGGGGUGUGACACGGGUUCUUUUGGGCUAGUCGAAGAUGAUGCGUGCUGCUGCAUUCUGAAUCAUCUGAAGGGGUUUGAUGGAGCUGGUCCGGGAGGCCCGAGAGUAGUGAGUCGCAGUAGUCCAGUUUUGAUAUGACAACAGCCUGGACUAGUAUCUGUGUAGCCUGUUCGGUGAGAUAGGGUCUGAUUUUCUUGAUGUUAUACAGAAUGAACCUACAGGAACGUGCAGUUGUUGAAAUGUGGAAACAUUUUAACCAGUAUAUUUUGAGAACAGCAAGUGUUUAUGUGCGCCUAAAAUAAUUAUUUACAUUAAUCCACAAAAUCUUGUGCUUGGUAUUCCACUUUGAUUUAAGCCUGCUAACUCCAGAAGAAAAUAUAGUAGGGUUCUCAAACCUGCUCAUUUACAUACUAGUUUUCAAAACUGUACUCGAGUUUUUUUAAUGAAAGGAAAUCUAUAGAGUUUACACUGAAUGAUGUGAAAAACAAAAAAAGGUAGAAACUCCACAUUGAUGAGAAAGAUCAGAGGAGAAUUGUGCGACUGGUUAAAGCUAGCAGCAACUAAAAUAACCCUUCUUUACAACCGUGGUGAGCAGAAAAGCAUGUCAGAAAACACGACAUGUUGAAUCUUGAGGUGGAUGGGCUACAACAGCAGAAGACCACAUCGGGUCAACCAAGAACAAGAAUCAGAGGCUACAGUGGGCACAGGAUAA